CGCAGGCGCCGGCUCGCCCCUCCUCCUCUGGCCGCUCGGUCGGUUGGGUCGGUCGGUCGGUCGGCGCGUGUAGUGUGCAGAGCGGCGGCGUUUUAACUGAACAGUUAAACUCUCAAGCACACCGCCCCCUUCUUCCCUCGCUUUAUUCAACCAGCUUGCCAUUAGAACAUGCCUCCAAAAAAGGCAGACGGUGAACUGAAGGCACUACCCAUCAUUGGACGAUUUGGUACCUCGUUGAAAAUUGGUAUUGUUGGAUUGCCAAAUGUAGGGAAGUCUACAUUUUUCAAUGUUCUAACCAAGAGUGAGGCAGCUGCGGAAAACUUUCCCUUCUGUACUAUUGAUCCUAAUGAGAGCAGAGUGCCUGUUCCAGAUGAACGGUAUGAUUUCCUCUGCGACUACCAUAAGCCUCCCAGUAAAAUACCAGCAUUUCUGAAUGUCGUGGACAUAGCAGGACUCGUGAAGGGUGCUCACGCUGGUCAAGGGCUUGGAAAUGCCUUCCUGUCCCACAUCAGUGCCUGUGAUGCAAUCUUCCAUCUUACAAGAGCUUUUGAGGAUGAUGGCAUUGUUCACGUUGAAGGGAGUGUGGAUCCUGUUCGGGAUAUUGAAAUCAUUCACGAAGAACUGAGACUAAAGGAUGAAGAGCUAAUUGUGCCCAUUAUUGACAAACUAGAGAAAGUGGCAGUAAGAGGAGGUGACAAGAAACUAAAACCAGAAUAUGAUAUAAUGUUCAAAGUGAAGAACUGGAUUAUAGAUGAAAAGAAACACGUGCGCUUCUAUCCUGAUUGGAACGAUAAGGAGAUUGAAGUAUUGAAUAAACAUUUGCUAUUGACUUCAAAACCAAUGAUUUAUUUGGUUAACUUGUCUGAGAAAGACUACAUUAGAAGAAAGAAUAAAUGGUUGAUAAAAAUUAAGGAGUGGGUGGACAAGUAUGAUCCGAAAGCACUGGUCAUACCUUUUAGUGGAGCAAUAGAACUCAAGUUCCAGGAGAUGGAUGAAGAAGAACAAACAAAAUACCUGGAAGAAAACAAAACGCAAAGUGCUUUGGCCAAGAUCAUCAAGACUGGAUUCUCAUCUCUACAGCUUGAAUAUUUUUUUACUGCAGGCCUAGAUGAAGUGCGAGCAUGGACCAUAAAGAAAGGGACGAAGGCUCCUCAGGCUGCUGGCAAGAUCCACACAGAUUUCGAGAAGGGCUUCAUUAUGGCCGAAGUAAUGAAAUUUGAAGAUUUUAAAGCAGAAGGCUGUGAAAAUGCUGUCAAGAGCGCUGGAAAAUACAGACAACAAGGCAGAAAUUAUAUUGUUGAAGAUGGAGACAUUAUCUUUUUCAAAUUCAAUACUCCACAGCAAUCAAAAAAGAAAUGAAUUUAAAGUACAACUUCCUCCUGUCAUAAGCAGUAGAACAUAAUAGGCAAGACAUUGCACAUAUCCAAACUUGUGAAUAAAAGGACUUAUGAGAUGGUUUCUGACUAAUUAAGUGGUCGGGGAUAGAUUGGCAUCUGGCAACAGUUACAAUAAAUUGGAUCUUUGACAGGAUUCUGCUUAUAUGGUCUUACAUGUGGAUUUUACUGUGUUCUGAAACAUCUGAACUAUAUUGAAUUUACUUAUUUUUAAAUAUAUGGCUGUAAAUCAUGAUUCCAACCUGUCUGGGGGCAGUGAUAUUCCUUUAAUUGUAUUCCUGAUGUUUGUUCUGGAAUGAGAUAAUGUUAUUCCAAUGAAAAUGUAGGUUCACUAAAUGUCGACAGCUUUAAUUUAAGAUUAAAGCUCUACUCUAAAUUGGAACAUUUCAAGAACCAUAUUACUCUCAUGAUACUUCAUUAAUCUCCAUCACUAGAUGCCAAAUCUGACACACUUGACAGAAAAGACAAUGCCACUUGCUCCUUUCUGAAUCUACAGAUAAUGCAUGUUUUACAGUACUCCAGAUGUUUACAGUCAAUAAAACAUUUGACAAAAACAGUCUUGGUGUGUUUGGGGAUGUCUGUAUUGACUGACUGUGGUGUGUUAAAUGUGAUAUGGCACCUGGUGGUUGCUGAUUACAGAAUUUAAAGACGUGUAUGAUACAGUAACUGCCAGUGUGGGGCAGCUUUUAUUAUAUUUCAUAAAUGGUUCUUUUCAUUAAAAGAUAAAGAUUAGGAUGCCGAUGAUUUACUGAAAGCAUGAAUAGAUAGACAUUUGUUGUGAGGAUAAGUGCUUUCAUGUCUGUGUUAUAGGAGUUCAUGAUCUAGAAGGGGGAAUGCAGAGGCAUUAAUUUUUAUUUUUCUCGCAUAUUGGUUAUUUUUGUGUACAACUCUGAAAUUCACCUCAGUGGUUUGGUUUUAUUAUUUUACAGUUAACCCCUUUAGACAUUUUUUAAUGCGUUGUGUUGGUGAUUAAAGCUCUUUUCUAAUAUCAUAAUACACUUGUCACCAGACACAUUUCGCACAUUGCAUUUUACUGACUUAAGUUGGUGUUUAAUUCUGGCCUGUAACUUUGUGGAAAUAUUUAUUACAUGUCCUUCAUUAAAUUAAUUCACUUACAA